AUAGUCCCAGCUGCUACUGACAUGAAGCAAAUGAAGCUUCUGCUGCUAAUUAUAGGAUUGGCCCUGGUCAGAGGCACCUAUGCCCAUAAGGAGCGCCAUGAAAAUCUUACAGGAUCCUGGCACACUAUUGCAGUAGCUGCAAAUAAUACAGCAAAGAUCAAGAAGGAAGGUCCCUUCAGACUCUCUCUCCACCAAAUCAUAGCAAAGGAUGGCAAGUUAUAUGGAGAAUUUUCAGAAAGGAAAAAAGGCAAAUGUAUUCGGCUCCUUCUGGCAAGUCACAAGACAGACAAAGAGAAUCAAUAUGUAUCAAUAUACUCAGGGGCAAACAUUUUCUACUUCACCCAUGUGAAGCCUGAUGAAUAUAUUAUGGUGACCUUAUAUAACUACGAUGGGAAUGAUAUAACUUUAGUAUUAAUGCUCACUGCCCGCCAACUAAAUGUGAGAGAAGAAAUCAAAAAGAAAUUUGAGGAACUUUGUUUAUACAAUAAACUUAAAAAGGAAAACAUUGUAUACUUCACCAAACAUGAUCAAUGUGAAAAACUCGCCCCAUAAGGAAGCUCACGCUGGCAUGCAGGAACUUUCUCCUGGGCCGAAGUCAUAUCCAGCACAUGAAUGCCUCACCUAGCUCUCAAAUACUUUCACUUCUUUUUCUUGAGUAAUCCUAUAAUUACAUUGUAUAAUCAGUUCCCCAUCAUUGUCCCAUUAGAUCACCCAACAUGAAUGAUCCACGUCUUUCUGGGAUGCUUAAUUGCUUCCCUAAAAAAACUGGUCACUCAGAUAACCAAAGUUCUGUUGAAUUUCCAGUUUCUCUGACCUCCAAGGGAAUGCUUACCUUUAUGCUCAUAUUCCCUACCAAAGACAGGAUCUUGAAAGAGAAGUUCCUUGCAAAUGUCCAAUAAAUGAUUCAUAUUGUGCAACAAA